AUGAAGAAAAAAAUAUGCCAAGAUAAAAAAAUGAGUGAUGUAGAUAAUGUGAGUGAAACCGAAAGUUAUGAUAAAGAUAUAAAUGGUAAGGAUAAUAUGAAUACAAUUAAAAAUGUUAGUGAUAGAGAUGAAGAUGAUGUCGAAGAAAUGAAGGAAAGCACAACCGAAAGAACAAGUAUUAGUACAAAUAAUAAAAAUAGUGAGAAUCCCAAGAAGAAUAAUAACAAUAUUAUUGAUAUGAAUUGCCUGUGGAGUGAUUUGUACAUAUCGAGACCUUUUUUAAAAGUUUUAUAUGAACAAAAAUUUAGUAAUCCUACAUAUAUUCAGAGAGAUGUGAUUCCAUUAGCCUUAGAGGGUAAAAGUAUUUUAGCUAACUCAGAAACGGGUUCUGGGAAAACACUAGCUUUUGUAUUACCAAUUCUGGAACGGUUAUUACAAAGUGUAAAUAUAAGAAUGAGGAGAAAUAAUAUGAAAGGUAGUUAUAACAUAACUAAGGCCUUAAUAUUAUUACCUACGAGAGAAUUAUCUUUACAGUGUUAUGACGUUAUACGUUCUUUAACAAAAUAUGUUACGAUAACAUAUUCUUUAUUCUGUGGAGGUAUAGAUAUUAAACAACAAGAAUAUGAAUUUAAGAAAAGGAAUGAUAUAUUUGUAUGCACACCUGGUCGUAUAUUAGAUUUAUUGUUAAAUUCAUCAAGUGAUUUUAUUAAUUAUUUAGAGAUUGUUGUAUUUGAUGAGGCAGAUAAAUUAUUAGAACUUGGAUUUAAAGAAGAAUGUUUAAAAAUAUUGGAUGUUUGUAAAUUUAAAAAACAAAUAUUAUUCUUCUCGGCUACUUUAACAAGCGAUAUAAAACAACUAGCGAAUUUUUCUUUAAAAAAUCCAGUAUUUAUUCAAAGUGGCAUGAGUUUUGAUAAAAAUGCUGAUGGAAAGGAUACAUACCAUACAUACAAUAAUUACAAUGACAACAACAAUAAUAAUAGUAUUGUUGUUAAUAAUAUAAUAUCAAAUAGCAUUUUGAAAAUUAGUAAUAAGGCGUCAUUUAAAAUAUCCGAAAAUUUGAGACAAGAAUUUGUUAAUAUAAUUCAAGAGAAAUAUAGAAAAGCUAGUUUAUUAUAUUUAUGUAAUAAUAUAUAUAAAAAUCAUUGUAUUAUAUUUUUUAAAACGAAACGUGAAACACAUCUCAUGUAUUUACUUUUUGAUUUACUUAAUUUAAAAUGUGCUGAAUUACAUGGUUCGAUGAGCCAGAAAAAAAGAAUUGAAUCUAUAAUGAAAUUUAAAAAAGCAGAGGUAGAUUUUUUAUUAACUACCGAAUUAGCAUCUAGAGGAAUAGAUAUAGAUCAUGUUUUAUAUGUAAUAAAUUAUAAUAUACCAUCUAAUGUUAUUAAAUAUGUACAUAGAAUUGGUAGAACGGCAAGAAUCGGGAAAGAAGGAAUAGCUAGCACUUUGUAUCUACAAAAAGAAAAAAUCGAAGUUAAAAAAAUAGUUAAAGGAUUGAAGAAAAGUAAAAAUUUAAAAAUAUUAAAACGAACCAUUGCUGAAAAUAAUGUUCUUGUAUGGUAUAAGAUUAUUAAAGAAAAUAAACAGAAAUUAAAUGAUAUUAUACAGCAGGAAAAAAUUGAUAAGGAAAUAGAAAUGUCAAAUAAAUCAAUAGAUAAAAUAAAAAACAUGAUAACAUUUAAAGAUGAAAUAAUGAGCAGACCUGCAAGGACAUGGUUUUUAACGGAAAAGGAAAAGAAAAAUUUAAAAAAGGAAAGUAAAAAAAAUGAUAAAGACAAAAACAAUAAUAAUAUUAAGAUGAAUGAUCAUUAUGAGGGUGAUGGUUAUGAUGAUGUUAAUCAUAUUAAAAAGAAAAAUUUACCGAAGGAAAACACCAAAAAAAUAUCCACUUUUAAUAGUUAUAAGAAGUUAAAGAAUAAAAAAAAUAAAAAAGGAAAUGAUGAGGAACAUCAGGAAGAGCAAAAGAAAAAACUACAAAGUUAUCGUAAAAUAAUAAGAGAUUUAAAAUUAAAUAUGUUACAUAAUAAAAGUAAUAAAUCACAAAAUAAAAAUAAUAGAGUUUAUAACAAAAAUGUAAAAAAUAAAAGAAUAAAAAAGUAA